AUGGCUCGAUUUAAAUUAAGCUUGCACAAGAAAAACAAGCAAAAUCCAGACGAUACAGUUUCAUCAGGAUCUUCUUCAAUUAGAUCAGGUCUGAAAAAUAAGAAGAAAUCCCCAAUUGAUCAAUCUAAUAGUAGUGCUAUUCAAUCCCCAACUUCAACUUAUAGAGAACUGGCUUCUCAAACUCAUUCAAUGCCGCUGUUUCAACAUUCACCAGUGCAACAGCACCAAUUCCAACAACAACAACAAUUCCAACAACAACAACAACAACAACAACAACAACAACAACAACAAUACCAACAUCAAUAUCAAAACCAACAGAAAUCACCACCACAGCAACAACUACAACAACGGCAACAACAACAGCAACCUCUUAGAUCUCCAAAAUCAUAUACGGCUGAUGUUGUUUCUCCCCAAAGAGGUUCCUUCCAUACUCAACUGAAAAAUAGUGCUGUCACAACCCCCUGGAAUAGAUUCAAACUUUUUGAUUCUCCAUUUCCACGUUAUAGACAUGCUGCUGCUUCAAUCACUAGUGAAAAAAAUGAAAUCUUUUUAAUGGGUGGUUUAAAAGAAGGUUCUGUAUUUGAUGAUACUUGGAAACUUACCCCUCAAGAAAACAUGGAUGGUGAAAUUAUCAAUUAUGUUGCACAACAUGUAGAAAUCGCUAAUCAAAUUAAUCCACCUGCAAGAGUUGGACAUUCAGCUGUUUUAUGUGGUAAUGCGUUUAUAAUUUAUGGAGGUGAUACUGUUGAUACUGAUGCAAAUGGAUUUCCUGAUAAUAACUUUUAUUUGUUUAAUACCAACAAUCAUAAAUAUACUAUCCCAAGUCAUAUCUUAAAUAAACCUCAUGGAAGAUAUGGUCAUACUAUUGGUGUAAUCUCAUUAACUCCAACUUCUUCCCGGCUUUACUUAUUUGGCGGACAAUUAGAAAAUGAUGUUUUUAAUGAUUUAUAUUAUUUUGAAUUAAAUUCAUUUAAAUCUCCAAGAGCAACUUGGGAAUUAGUUAAACCAACUAAUGAUUUUAAACCACCUCCUUUAACAAAUCAUUCAAUGUCAAUUUAUCAUGAUAAAAUUUAUAUUUUUGGUGGUGUUUAUAAUAAUGAAAAAAUUUCUAAUGAUGUUUGGUUAUUUGAUGCAGGUACUGAUUCUUGGACUAGAUUAAAUACUACGGGAAAUAUUCCACCUCCAGUUAAUGAACAUUCAAGUUGUAUUGUUAAUGAUCGAUUAUUUGUAUAUGGUGGUAAUGACUUUAGUGGAGUCAUUUAUAGUUCAUUAUACGUACUUGAUUUAAAUACCCUAGUUUGGUCUAAAUUAUCUGAUUCAGCUGAAGAAAAUGGUCCUGGGCCAAGAUGUGGACAUUCAAUGACUUAUUCCCCAAAGCAUAAUAAAUUAAUUAUAAUGGGUGGUGAUAAGAAUGAUUAUGUUGAUCUGGAUCCUAAAAAUUUGAAUUCAUUUGAAGAAUAUAAUGAACAAGUAGUUGGAACAAUGAUUUAUCAAUUGGAUACUAUUUUGGUUGACCAAUUCUUGGAUAGUACACCUUCUCCACAAAUUGCGACUUCUGCGAAUCUUACUCAAGAUGGAUUGCGUAGAAGUAGCUCUACUGGACCUGAAGAGUUUAAUACCCCUAACUUCUCACCUUUAAACCCAGCUAAUAAUCUCGUUGGUGAAGUUCCACAAUUGACUCAAGCAACAAUACCUGAAGAUGGUGGAUACAUCCAAGAUCGACAAAUUAAGUCACCAAACGUCGCCGGUAGUCCAUACCCUGGAACAGAAGAAACUGCUAACGAAACAUCUUCCAGGCCCAGAGAUUUUUCUCCUUCUUCCAGUGCAGCUGGGUCUCCAGCUAUUUCCCCGGCUGCGGCUGCUGGUGCUGCUGCAGCGACCUUCGCUGGUGCUUCGAUUGCAGCUGCUACAACCACUCCUUCUCCUGGAGUUCGUGAUGACACCAAAAUCAAACAAAUCGUGGCCCAAUUAACUAAUGAAUUGAAUUCAUUAAAGGUUACUACUAAAGAACAAAUGCAACAAGCAACAGAAAAAAUUGAAAGUUUAGAAGAACAUAAUUCAUUAUUACAACAAGCACAAGAACAUGAUGCAGAGAACUUUGCUAAGCAACUUGCAGAAAAGGAUGCAUUGAUUGAAGAAUUACAAUUGAAAGUUAGUGGUGUCGAAGAACAAAAAUCAGUUGAACCUGUAGAUUAUAAAUUGGAAAAAUUAGAAUUGGAUAAUAAAUUGGUUUAUUUGGAACAAGAAAAUACUAAUUUACGUUCGAAAAUUGCUGAUUUUGAACCAUUUAUGAAUAAUCAAAUUGGUGAAUUGGAUGAUUUGCAAAAACUUAUCAAAUCUCAAGAUGAAAAGAUUCAUAAUUUGACUGGAAGAUUACAAGAACAAGAAACACUUCAAAAAGAAUUAAAUGAUUAUAAAACAAAAUAUGAUAAUUUGAUAUUGGAAUUUGAUAAUUAUAAAGCAAUUCAUGUUGAUGAAAAUGAAUCAAGUGAAGAAGAAAUAUUUGAAGGUGAUAAUGAUCAAGAUACUGAAGGCAGUGCUACUAGAUCAUUAGGAAGUGGAUCAAUCAAAAGAACCAAACAUGAUAUUGCAAACCGUUUAGAAACUUUAGUUAAUUUAUGGAAUGUUAAGAAUGCACAAUCUUCAACUCCAGAAAGAGAUGUGCACACCCCUGAAAAUAAUCCUGUUGUUGCAAAAUUACAAACUCAAAUUGAUGAUUUAUUAGAAGCAAGUAAACAACGUGAAGCACAAACAAGUAAAGAAUUACAAGAUUUGCAGACUCAAUUAGAUGAAAGGAUUAAUUCAUUAACUAGUCUCGAAGUAAAUUAUAAAGAAGCUAUACAGUCUGUCAAUAAUACUAGUAAAGCUCUUAAAAUGAAUCAAGAGGAAUUGGAACAUCAAAAAUCAUUAUUGGAUAAAUUGAAUAAAGAAAAUAAUGAAUUAAAAAUGUUUAAGAAAGCAAGUAGGAGGGUUAGUUCUAGAGGAACUACACCUAUAACUGAAGGUGAAGGAUUUAAUUCUCAUCAGCGUGAUGAUGACAUUGAUGAGGCUGAAGACCAAAUUAAGACAGCCCAUUUCAAUAUGAAGAUUAAGGACCUUGAAGCUGAUUUAUAUAUUUUGAAACAAGAAAGAGAUCUGUUGAAGGAUCAUGUGACAUCAUUGCAAAAGGAACUUUAUUUGGCACAAAAUGGCAAUUGA